UUUGACUUUAGAACACGUCAUAUGUUUCAACUUUCAUGUCACGUCGGUUUAUAAUUUUUCAAUAAAUUUAGCCGAUAAUUGUUUUCAUAUUGUCUUUUCACGGUAAAACUGCAAAAUGAAGAUCAAGGCACUUUUGUGCUUCACAGUUCUCUUAUCCUGUUAUCAGGGAAAUGCACAAACUCGACCGAAGUUGGUUGAAGAGAAAGUCCAACAGCUUUCGGAUCUCUUAGCCAAGAAGUCGAUAAUAAACUUGAAUCUCAACAAGUUUAAGGAAUAUGUUAAGGCUCCACCAAAGGACUACUCCUUUAUUGUUAUGUUCACUGCAAUGGCACCGGCAAGACGUUGUGCCAUUUGUCAGCAUGUCUACGAUGAAUAUUUAAUAGUAGCAAAUUCAUUUAGGUAUUCUCCAGCUUAUAACAACAAAUUGUUCUUUGGUAUGGUUGACUUUGAUGAGGGUUCUGACAUCUUCCAAAUGUUACGUUUAAACACUGCUCCUGUGAUCAUGCAUUUCCCGGCUAAAGGGAAACCCAAACCAGCAGAUUCCAUGGAUUUUGAGAGGGCUGGUAUCCAUGCUGAAGCCAUUGCUAAAUGGAUCCAGGAUAGAACUGAUGUACAGAUCAGAGUCUUCAGACCGCCUAACUAUUCCGGAGCAGUUGCUUUGGCCAUGCUAUUCGCACUUGUCGCUGGAUUCCUCUAUCUGAGAAGGAACAAUCUAGAAUUCUUGUACAACAAGGAAAUGUGGGCUACACUGGCUGUGAUUUUCUGCUUCACCAUGAUAUCUGGACAGAUGUGGAACCAGAUCAGAGGCCCGCCGUUCUUCCACCGGACUAAGAACGGACCUGUGUACAUUAAUGGAGGAUCACAUGGACAGUUCGUGCUGGAGAGUUACAUUGUAGCUAUUUUGAACGGAGCAGUUGCUGUAGGAGUGAUUCUGAUGAUAGAAGCAGCUGGUGGCGUUAAGAACAAGGAAGUUCGCGCGCAGGAGGGCAAGAGGAGACGCUUCCAGUCCGUAGUAGGGUUGGUGCUAGUCUGCGUGUUCUUCUCGCUGCUGCUGUCCGUGUUCCGAGCCAAGACUCAGGGAUACCCUUACAGUUUCCUGUUUAAGUAGAAGUUCCUCGAAUGUGUAAGAAUAAUGAGGAGUGUUGUGUCGUGUGUUGCAAUAUUAUGUUCAAUUUCAUUAUGAAGAGUAAUAAAAUAUUAUUUAUUAAAUAUAA